AACACGAUGCAGGUGUUCUCGUUGACAAGACUCGGCUGACAAGACGCGUAAGUCAGACUGCGGCGAUAAAUUCGACUCCGACGGAGAUAUAUUAUGGACGCGCUGCGGGCGAUUUAACGGCAAACUACCGCGGAGAAUGUGCCAUGUCGGUCUCGGAUCCUCUCAUCAAAGAGCUGAAAGGAUGGACUCGAAAGCUGAUAGAGCAUGGUAAGGAGAUCACUGACAAAAACGAGGACUUACGUCACUUCUGCAAGUGCUUGGAAGACUGCCUGCAAAAAGGUCUACUGCCUUAUUUCAGUAACAUUGGAUACCUCAAGGCACCCAGUGCAUGGCACUGGUUGAAGCACAUUGCUGAGAAAAACUAUAGCUCAUACAACACAUUAUCAUUAGUAGCGGAGCAAGCGAAACAGAAUCCAAAGAUACACACAUCUACUGGGCGACUUCGUUUUCUAAUAAGAAUAUGUCUGGUACGAAGAUGUCUUCAUAUGCCGGUAGAAAUAUUGACCAGAAUUCCGACUUUAGCUACCGAAUUUUACGAGUUAAAGAGUAUUGUAGGAGAUGACAUUCUGCGAGAGAUACUGCUGUCUGUUCUACUGCAGUGCAGUAAAUUGAGUUUCAAGUUGAACUUAAGAAACGCGACUUUUUUGGACGACACAUGGCUGAUGCCAAAAUGCGUAGCUCUACAAUUGGUACCUUGCAAGAAUCUGGGCAUCUCCGUAUGUUUCACCAACGAGAAGGCCUUGAUCGUCAACAUCGACGAGAAGUCGGUAGCCGCGGAAGACAAUAAAGUCGAGAUCGGAGAUGUACUGGACGAGAUAAACGAGAAUAUAAUCACUGGCGAUAGUAAGGGCAAGCUACGUAAAAUUAUGAGGAAGGCCAACGGGCAGCCGAUCAUGUUACAUAUCAUCAAGUAUCGCACCAAGAAGACCCAUGAGCUCUACGAGCCAAUAAUACAUCUUAUCAAGAACUCGGGCGUCGAGAGCAUGAAGUCUUUGAUACAAAUAUCACAAUCAGACCAGGUGGAAGCCAUCACCAAAAAUCAGCCGUCUGCAUUAGAGAAUAAAACCUUAAGUAGCGGAUUCUGCGUGAAGUAUUGCGGCUCCGUGCACGUCGGUGCGGAGGGUGACGUCAAGCAAAUCGAGAAAGCCAUUUGGCGUCUACUGAAAUCCGGAGAAGCGAAACAAGUGCCUGUAAGAUUCGAGUGUUUAGAAAUCGGGAUUAAAGUAGAACACGAGGCAGACGAUAAGGUAAUAUGCAACCAAAGUUACAUGGAGAUCUCGUCGUGUGGACGCACCACCAACAUUCCCGAUUACUUUGCAUUCAUCGCAGGGGAGACGAAUUGUAAUGUGGCGACAAAAUUCGACGCCUACAUCUUUCACCAUCGAAACGAGUACGAGGUCCAACAAAUAUUACAAAGCCUAGGGCAAGGAUUUCAACGCACGCACUUUGCGGUAUAAAUAAUGGUGUACAACUUUCAAUGAUGUGUAUGGAAGAGAAAAGUAUCCUUACUUUCAUAUCUUCCAGGCGUCGCGUCGUUUAUCAAUAAUGUUGUUCCCGUAUCUGUGAUCAUAAAACUCCCCCCAAUAAAACCGUAAGAAUUA